GAUGAAGAUGAAGCUCAGUCCUUACAGCUUCAUCACAGUCAAAGUGAGGAGAACAGAGGGGCGGAGCUUGUAAGUCAACACAUCACAGAAGCUGAUGGAGAGCAUUGUGAAGAUAUCAAGUCAGAACCAGACAGCAUCUUUGCUCCACUGUCAGACAUGGACCACAUGAUGUCACACUCUUCUGAUCACAGUGACCACAUCCAAAAACCUUUGGAGAGUAAAAAUGACUCUAAAGGUGAUACGAGACAUCACACUAACAACAAACACUUUGAGUGCUCUGAAUGUGGGAAAUCAUUUAGAAAGAAGAGUCAUUUUACAGAACACAUGAGAACACAUACUGGAGAGAAACCUUUUGCUUGCUCAGCUUGUGCUAAAAGAUUCAAAACUAAGAAGGAAAUGAUAUUACACAUGAGAACACACACAGUAGAGAAACCUUUUACUUGCUCUGUUUGUAAGAAGAGUUUCUACACAAAACUACACAUGACCACACACAUGAGAAAACACACUGGAGAGAAACCUUUUACUUGCUCUGUUUGUAAUAAGAGUUUCCCCACAAAGCCACACAUGACCACACACAUGAGAACACACACUGGAGAGAAACCUUUUACUUGCUCUGUUUGUAAGAAGAGUUUCUCCACAAAACAAUGCAUGACCAGACACAUGAGAACACACACUGGAGAGAAACCUUUUACUUGCUCUGUUUGUAAGAAGAGUUUCUCCAGUAUGCACAACAUGCCCACACACAUGAGAACACACACUGGAGAGAAACCUUUUGCUUGCUCAGCUUGUGCUAAAAGACUCUAUGCUAAGAAUGACAUGAUAUUACACAUGAGAACACAUACUGGAGAGAAACCUUUUACUUGCUCUGUUUGUAAGAAGAGAUUCUCCAUGAAGCGUAGCAUGACCACACACAUGAGAACACACACAGGUGAGAAACCUUUUGCUUGUUCAGCUUGUGCUAAAUGAUUCAACACUAAGAGGAAACUUAUAUUACACAUGAGGACACACACUGGAGAGAAACCUUUUACUUGCUCAGCUUGUGCUAAAUGAUUCAACGCUAAGAGGAAACUUAUAUUACACAUGAGGACACACACUGGAGAGAAACCUUUUGCUUGCUCUGUUUGUAAGAAGAGUUUCUCCAUAAAGCUUAACAUGACCAGACACACGAGGACACACACUGGAGAGAAACCUUUUACUUGCCCUGUUUGUAAGAAGAGUUUCUCCAGAAAUCUUGAAAUGACCACACACAUGAUAUAACACACUAGAGAGAAACCCUUUACUUCCUCUGUUUGUAAGAAGAGUUUCUCCAUAAAGAGUAACAUGACCAGACACAUGAGGACACAUACUGGAGAGAAACCUUUUACUUGCUCUGUUUGUAAGAAGAGUUUCUCCAGUAAGCAUAACUUGCCCACACACAUGAGAACACACACUGGAGAGAAACUUUUUGCUUGCUCAGCUUGUGCUAAAAGAUUCAACACUCAGUAUGACUUGAUAUCACACAUGAGAACACACACUGGAGAGAAACCGUUUAUUUGCACUGUGUGUGAUAAAAUAUUCAGGUUUAGGCAGUAGGUCAGUAAACAUAAGUGUGUAACAGUCAUGGAAGCUGCAGGGAAUUAAAAACAGUUAAAGGCCUACUGAAAGCCACUACUACCGACCACGCAGUCUGAUAGUUUAUAUAUCAAUGAUGAAAUCUCAACAUUGCAACACAUGCCAAUACGGCCGGGUUAACUUAUAAAGUGCAAUUUUAAAUUUCCCGGUAAACUUCCGGUUGAAAACGUCUCGGUAUGAUGACGUUUGCGCGUGACGUCACGCGUUGAAGCGGAAGUAUUGGGACACCAUUGUAUCCAAUACAAACAGCUCUGUUUUCAUUGCAAAAUUCCACAGUAUUCUGGACAUCUGUGUUGGUGAAUCUUUUGCAAUUUGUUCAAUUAACAAUGGAGACUGCAAAGAAGAAAGCUGUAGGUGGGAUUGUGUAUUAGCGUCUGG